GAGGGCACACCUGCUUUUAGCUGCAGGUAUAAAUUUUAGUCUCCCAGCCCCACUCUAGAACACUCAGCUGCUGCUGACACCAUGAAGGUCAGCCUGUUCCUUGCCCUCUGCUUCCCCUUCUGCCUGGUGGGCAUCGCCAGCUCAGAAAAGACCUCAGCCCAUCUCGAGCGAGAGGCUCCCCAGGAACUGCUCCAAACUCUGCCUGCCCUGUGCCGGCUCCCCCCCCUCGAGGGCCCCUGCCGAGGCCGUUUCUACCGCUAUUUCUACAACUCUACAGCCCAUGAAUGUGAGCACUUCACCUACGGUGGCUGUCGGGGCAAUGCCAACAACUUUGAGACCACGGAGAUGUGUCGGAGGGUCUGCAAACCCCCCGGGACAAGGUAAAAAGCCGCCGAAGACCGGGCCUGCAUCCUCCUAGCCUUGACCGAAGGCUGGCUGGGCCUCCCUUCCUGCGCUCAGGCCCUGCUUGGAACCCAUCCCGGAGCCCUCUGGGCCUGGGUCAAUAAAGCAUUCCAAGCCAGUGUGGCCUGAGGCCUUCUUGCAAGGGCACAGAG